AUGAAGCGUAUCUUCGGAACUGCUAAAAAGGAACCUCCACCAGAUCUCAACAAUGCCAUAGCAAAUAUCGAAUCUCGAGGCGAAAGCAUUGAGAAGAAGAUACAGAAGCUAGAUGGUGAGCUCGUUAAACUGCGCGAUCAAAUGUCGAAGAUGCGAGAGGGCCCUACCAAGAACAUGGUAAAGCAGAAAGCUUUGAGGUUAGUUAGUGCAUUCUAA